ACUAUCAAUGUCAGACGGUAGACCCAUUUAUACGUCUGUACGUCACGUCAUACGCUUACCAGAUUCCAGAACGAAGUUUAGCAAAAUAAUUUCUGAUUACUUUCUCUAUUUUGUGAAUUAAAGAAAGUGUAAACAAAAAUUAAUACUUGAACUACAUUGACGAAUUAUUAAGGUGUGCAUUCAAUUAUAUCACGAUGGUAAGAGUAUAUGCCUUGGCAGUGCUUUAUAAAGGAGUCAACAGUGCUACAGUUUUAAAAGCAGCAUAUAACUUGCAAAGCUUCAGUUUCUUCCAGAAAGGAUCUGUGCAGGAAUUUAUGACAUUCGUCAGCAAAACUAUCGUUGAACGGACGCAGCCAGCUUCCAGGCAAUCUGUUAAAGAGGGAGAGUACAUGCUUCAGGUAUAUGUUAGAGCGGACAACUUGGCAGGAGUACUCAUUUCAGAUCAUGAAUAUCCUAACAGAGUUGCACACACUUUAAUCACCAAAGUUUUGGAUGAGUUCUCUGCAAAAGUUCCCGCAACUAGUUGGGCAACAUCUGAUGAGACUAGUGUAGAAUUUCCUAUUUUACCAGAAUAUUUAGCUAAAUUUCAAAAUCCUCGUGAAGCAGAUGCCUUGACAAAAAUACAAGAUGAUUUAGACGAGACAAAGAUUAUAUUACACAAUACAAUUAAAGCUGUAUUAGAUAGGGGCGAGCAAUUAGAUGACUUAGUUGCCAAGACUGAUAGUCUCUCAACACACAGUAAGGCAUUUUAUAAAACUGCCCGCAAAACUAACAGUUGUUGUAAUUUCUGAGGCAUUUGUGUGGUAGAAUUUAUACAGCUGUAUAUAAAGGUUACAGUGAGCAAGACAAAGUAUGUUAUCAAAUUUGGAUAUUGACAUUAUAUGUUAUCUAGUGUGUGUCAUGCUUUUGCUCUUUAGAACAAUAUUAAAUGUUAAAAUAUAGCAAUAACCCCACAGAAAUGUAUUAUGGGAAAGAUUAUUAUGAUUUACAAUACUUGAUUAGAGAAUAAUGUAAUUUUAAUUAUGUUAAAAUAUUAUGUGUGUUGGAGCACUGUGGUGGAUUAAAUAUCUCAAUCCCUUUGCUAUAAAAAGGAGGCCUAUCCAUAGCAGUGGGACAGGCUGAGUGAUUUAUGAUCAAGAGUAUGUAUCCUGAGUGCAUUAAUCUCAACACUAUGUUUUGUGGCCUUUAUAUUCACUUAAUAUUAUGUAUGUCUUAAAUUUAGCCUGAUAAUUGCUGCUUAUUUUUUUAUUCAUUAGUGCAAAACUACAGCACACAACUGGCUUAUAUGAUGAAGCAAUAAUUAUUGUACCAUAACAUUCUCCAUUCUAAAUAAUUUUUGCUGUGCCAAGAGUAGUAUAUAAUGUUUGUGCAGCAAGAUAAGAGUUGCUAUGUUCCAGUAUAUUCUGACAUCUAUAAGUUUUGACAUGAAUAUACUAAAUAGUGUAAUUUAAAAAAAAUAGAAUAAUAAUACAUAAAGCAAAGUCAGGGAAACAAAAAAAAAGAAUAUAAACACACUUUGACAGUAUUGUAUGCAAGAGAAAAAAGGACAUACAUUAAACAUCCUUUCUUGCUCACACAAGCAACAUCAAAGUUUGUUUGCAUUACACACAUAAUAUACAAGAUAUAAAGACAAGAUAAGAUAUAGACAAAAUUCAUGCUGGCUUUACUUUAGUAUUAAUUUGUAUGUUACUUUUAGUAUAUACUUUAUAAUAUAAACUUGAAGUCUCAUUAGUAUUGAUUGUAAAAUUUUCUUCAUUUACAUUGGAUGCACUUAUUGGAAAAAAUAUAUUACACACCCAAAAUAAAUAAUUCAUAGAUAUUUCUAAUCUAUGGAUAAAGUUUCAAUUUGUUUUACCAAAUUACGGAUGGAUAAUUUUGGGUGAUAAUAAAUUACUCUACCUUUAGUGUAUAAUAAACAUCACAAAUAGUAGGUAUAGUUUAAAUAUGUUUUGUAACAAACAAACAUUUAUAGAUAUUUAAAAUAUAUAGAUAGUGGUUACUUUUGCUUACGUGAUUGUGUAGUAGUGUAUCUUUUAAAACGCAAAUUCCAUUUCACUAUUUACUUAUCUACAGUUCUCUUAUCAGACUUAGAAACUGCGUAUUCGAAGUUUGAAGUUCUGUUCUGGCACCCAAACCGCACAGUCUGGUUACAAACCUCGACAUAGAGACCGUAUCAAGUAGUAAAAAAACGGUUAUUGUUCCCGACAUCGAUCAACUUACCUACCUACAACAAAAUGAGUAGGAAAGACAGUUGUGACAUUUUACAACGGGUUUGUGUCCUCCAUGCCCGUGCCCGCCUCCGGGCACUUAUAAACGUAGGCUCUUAGUUUAAUUAACUCAUUGUAUACGAGCACGCAAUCGGUUAAAGAGCGGUUUUAUAAAUCGUUGCCAAUUCACCUUGUGCGAAUGUAAAGUGAUAAAACAAGUUUUAAGUUGUGUUGGCAUACAUAUUUACCUAUUACUAUGAUAGGUGCAGUGUGAUUCUAUCUUCUGUCAUCAUUAGAUUUAGUGCGACUUUUUGAAGCGCAUGUUUGAACACUGGUACGGGCUUAAAUUAUGUCGUAUCGUGGUUUUAAAUAAGUGGGCUAGUACAGUAUGUUGAUAUUACAAUUACUGAUAUCGUGACAAAUAACUGUAUUAACUAGGAAAGGAAGAUAGUAUCAGUUCUCGACAUUGGCCAAUUUAAAUUCAUCGCAAUAAAUAGGAAAGCGAUUUAUACUAUCUUAAAAUAAGAAAGUUGUCAGUUACCUCUUUAUGACAUAGCGCGUCCAAUAUCAUUUGUUUUCCAGUUACCUGCACUGUGUACAAGAUCUAAGUAUACGAAGUUAUGUUCAAACGGAUUUGUUCAUUGAUGAACAGUUUAAAGUUCUUCAUCCAUCUGGUAUAUCUGUAGUCUCAUCAUCAUCAUCAUCAUCACUUGAUCAGAUUGACGCAUAGUGUUGGACAUAGGUCUUUUCUACAGAGUUCCAGAUUCCGUGGUCGUGGUCCGCUUGUGCUCAGCGACUAGUUUGAUGUAGUCUGUCCACCUCGUUGGAGGUCGUCCAACGCUGCAUCUAUCGGUGCGGGGUCUUCAUUCCCCUUGAACCUUGGGACACCAGCGUCCAUCGGUUCUCGAAGCUAUGUUCCCCGCACAUUGCCACUUCAGCUUCGCGACUCGUUGACGACGGCGGACAAUGUAAACUCUAGUAAUGUAUAAAUUGUAUUGUGCCUUAUGUUUAAUUAACACAUCACGGAAGGAUGCACAAAACCACAUGGGUAAUGGUUUUAGUAUUAGCUUUUUGUGAAAGAGUCAUGCUUAUUUCCGCUGCUAAGUAGCGUUGCCGGUGUAAUUUCGGGCACAUGAGGCUUAACACCGAAGCCUUAAAUUGAUGGACACAGGGCGGCAUGUUGAAGUACGUGUACCUUCUAUGCUCUGCCGUUAGGUGGGCCAUCUGCUUCGUCCGGUCAAUUGUUACCAUGGAAUAAAAAAUGGAAAUACAACAAGGCUACGUAUUCGUAUUAGUGUUGCUAGUUGGCAUAAUAGUUAAAAAUAAAUAAAUACUGGAUUAUUAUGUUUAAACUAUAAAUUGUAAAGAGACUGUAAACUUAUUGUGUCGUCAUGUUGAAUAAAUGUUUGUAAGUAUAUUACAGUUA